UCUUAAGGUGUACGACUCGACAAAAAUCAACGAGCAUGUCUAUCUGAGCAUGAUGUCUCGGAUGUUCUUUCCUUUGUAAAAAUACAAAAAAUACUAAAGAGAUUUAUUAUACAUUUGAAUUAAACAAAUUGAAGCAAUCAAUCUGAGAUGACGAAUUCAAUAAUGGAUAAAAGAGAAUGGCUUAUGUCGCAACCUACGCUCAACUCCACCAGAAUGAUAUUUAAGUUCAUAGCAGAAGCGACCGAAGACACCAUGGAUGAUUUCUUUUCCGGCCACUUUCAACUGGCCGCCGAAAUGAUCCGCCAACUCUACAAUUGCAGAAACACCUCAAAAACUAACGAAGAGACAUUCGCUUUCGACUUUCUCCAAUGCCUCGUUGAUUCGAAAGGGUUGAAUCGCUUUUGGAGUGCUUACAAUUUCGAGUUGGAAGUAUAUGGGGAAAUUUCAAAAAGGAAUUUCAUUACUUAAUGUUCAAAUAAUAGGGUUUCAGCGUGAUUCCAAUGGUUGAUGAAUUCUACUCGCCAUGCUCGACGUUCCAAAACUUUUUACAAAACACAUCAUUUUGCAUGCCAAACGACUUUUUAGCUGGACUUGGACAAACUGGGAUUUUCAUUUCAACCCUGCCGAUUAACGUCAAAAGGGUUUUAUAUAGGAAUUAAAUAUAUCGAACUAGAUAGACUGACUUCUUUUUCAGUUUCGGACGUCAUCGUAUACCGCGUGCAUGGAGAGGAACGGCGCGUUGCCCUACGCAGAAACGAAACAAAUGUUUGACUUCAUGUACAAUUUCUUCAGGAGCCAGGCGCCGAAUCUGACGAUAAUCUGGGACCAAGCGUACUUCAACUUCAACGGCGGCUUCACGUGGUGUGCCAGCAACGUCAACCCCUUCAACCCCUUUAGCCACGUCGUGGUGCCCGUCGACGUGAUCAAGGAGGUGUCUGGAAACCCCCUAAUGCUGGUCUCGUUGCCAGGGCCCGAGCCAAAUCUGCACGCCGUCCCAGUGACCGACGAGCUCAAAUACGAGACCGAUGUUUUUUGUCGCUUUUCCAUCAACUACUUGGCUUAUUGCCAGGCAAAUCCAGGCUUGAAACGCUGGGAGUACUAAAUCAUUUUGUUCGCCUAAACUCUGUAGAAGUGUUUAAAAGAUUCGUUAAUUUGGGAUU